AAAGGUCAUAAACAUAUUUUUUCUGUCCGGACAAAAUCAAAAGACAACAUGGGCUGUAAAUCAAGCCCACAUAGAAAAUACAAAAAAAAAAUUUAAAUCCCAUGAUUCAAAGUGAGCAGCCCAAAAACACAGGACAACUUUAUAACAGCCCAAAAAUAACAAAAAAAAACCAUUACAAGGGGACUUGCAAACCAAAAAGGUCACAAAAAGACAAAAAAAAGGCAGAGAUCACACAGAUCACGCUACUUCACACAAAAGGAAAUCCACAGAUCAAUCAGGAGAAAUCGAGCACGCCAUGGACAGCUACGAGAAAGAGAAAAAGAAAAAGAAGCAGAUUCUAACCAAGAACAUGGAGGUCAAGAAGAUCAAAUCAACAACAAAUAAUCUCCCAGGGGCUGAUAGAACAAAGUCUCAAGUAACAGGAAAUACAACUGAAGAAUUAAGAAGAAAGAAGACAGUUGAAGGAACAAUCUCAGCUGUAGAAUCAACUAAGGACAUCAAGUUGGACACCAAGAAAAAAGAACCACUACAGAUGAAAAUUGCAGGUCAUGAAGAAGUACAAGAUGAAAAAAGAAGAAGCCAAGAAUCAGAUAAGAGCAAUAUUAUGGCAAAACAUAUUAAAGAAACCAAAAGUCAGACCACUGAAGUUGUUCCAGGGGCUGAUAGAACAAAGGCUGAAGUAACAAGGAAUUCACAAUCAGAGAGAUGUGGAAGUGACAGAAUUGACUCUGAAGAAUUAAGAAGAAACAAUACAGUUGAAGGAUGUCAUAGAUUGCAGGCUCAAGUUACAGGGAAUACACAAUCAAAGACAUGUGUAAGUGACAUAAUCGACUCCAAAGAAUUAAGAAGCAAGAAGACAAUUCAAGUUCUAGGAUCUCAUUACCUCCAGGAUUUUGGAAAAAGGCAAAAAAUCAGCAACAAUUGGAUCAGAGAUUGGCAAAAAUAAAGCACAAAUACUUUAUGAUCAAUACACAUUUCUUAACGAAAAUGAAAGACUGGUAAGUACAAUCAUGUUUUCCAAAAAUGAAGAAUAUAUUUAUUUCUUUGUCGAAUAAAUGUAAACAGGUGAAGGGGGGACAAAUGAGCUAUACUAACCUCAUGCAACACAUAAUUCUAAGUCCACGUGUCAGCUUGCAAGCAAAUGAAGUAUCGGAGGUGUACAACUUGGGAAUUUUCAAAAAGUAAAUAACAAUUUCUGCAAGCAUCGGAGGUGUACAACUUGGGAAUUUUCAAAAAGUUUCAAGAUGAAUUAAUGGAGACAUUAAAUCUUGAAAUGUCAGCUAUACAACAUGGAAAGACAUACAAGGUAUAUGCAGCUGCAAAUCUAAUAUACUGCUGGUUCACAAACCAGACAGAAAAAUGUUUUCACAUUUACUUUUACUAUGCAGAUUAUAUUGCUAUAUAUAGACUAUGCACUGUUCAGCAUUCAGUACAGUUAAAGAUUUGUCUCA